CGGACUUGAGGUAUCCUACAAGAAAAUUCGGUUAACAAACUUUUCACGUCGUACCGAAUUGUAUAGGUAACCAGUGUAGUGGGACUGUUUUGUCAAAAGCUGUUCUUUUUAAAAUAUGUACCAUCGCGAACCCAGAAGAAGUAGGGACAGCCGGGGCGAUAGUAGGACGAUUGGAAAUGAAAUUUCCAAAGCGUUUGACUUGCACACCGUAUCCUCUGUUCAGCAUAAGGCGACACCAGGUGCCCUCGAGCCCAGCAUGACAUCAGAAAGGAGUCCAUUCCUUCGGUGGAUGCCACAGCCCUCACCUCUGGGGCAAGCGGGCACACCCUGGCCUCCCAGUGUACCGGUGCAGAAGUUAGUCAUGAAUGAACCUGGGGCAUUUAGCAACGAGAGGAAAAGGCAACGUAAUGAACAACUGUUCACGGAAGAGAUGGAGAAGAAGAGAGUGCGCAGGGAGCGCAACCGAAUAGCCGCCGCCAGAUGCCGAAACCGACGUCAGAAACUGACAGAAUGUCUGCAAGACGAGACUGACCAGUUGGAGAAAGACAAGUCUAAGCUGCAGGAAGCGAUCGCCGAGCUGGAGAAGCUGAAGGACCAGCUGGAGCUCAUCCUGGAGGCCCACCAACCCGUGUGCAAGAUGCGCCAUGCCGCUCCAGAGGCUGCCGAGGCCCGCAAGCCGGUUUCUGUGGGGAGCAUCAAGGCUGAGCCUGUCAGUUCUGGCCUGAGUGAUUGUAUGUCCAGUACAAGCGUCUCCCGGCCUGAAAAACCAAAACCUAACGUUUGCCCACUAGCCCUUCCUGCUGCCUGUACUUCCUCUCCUGGUCUGCUUCUGACCCCGAAGGUGGAAUCUCUGUAUACUCCUCUCUUCUUCUUCUCUCCUUCUCCAACACCAUUGUCACUGAGUAUGGUCUUCACCUACCCCACAUCCCCACUGGAUUGCAAACCGCCAGCUUCCUCCCAGCAGAGCCAGCCAGCCUCCUCAUCUUCAGCCGCUCUCGGCAUGUCUUCCCAGACGUGUGGCGUGGCUCACCGCCGCGCCAGCAGCAGUGGGGACCAAUGGUCAGAUCACUCGCUCAACUCCCCCACCCUCCUUGGCUUGUGAAAACACGGAAGCUUCCAAACACAAUAAUGCAUAAGGGGGGGGGGGGGGGGGGUAAUGUUAGGAGAAUCACAAAUAUCCUUGAGUAAUAGGGGUCCUAAAAAAAUUCAGAACAUAAUUGGACUGGUCUGGUCUGGUCUGGGGCCCCACUGGUCACUAGCAGCCCCCCUGCCUCUAGCAGAAUACUUUAUUCAGAAUUUCUUGCUAUAGAAGGUAAUUUUAUAUUUAUUAUGUUAAAGUAACAAUAUUGAGGUUAACUGAUAAUAUUUAUUGAAUCUGUAAUAAUACACUGUAGUGCCUGAGUGAAUGUGGACAUACAAAGUUAUGGGUAGCAUAUUUAAACUGCUGUGAACAUCAAAUCUUACUAAUGCAAAUAUAUACUGUAUAUGUAAAUGCUUUUAAAUUAUUUAUUUUUCUACGAGAAAUGAACAGUUUUCCUACUUUUAACAUUGAUAUGUAUUUAUGCGUAAAAACUGUAAUUUAUGUAACUAUGGAAUUCCUGCUCUGUUAUGCAAAUGUAUAAAGAAGGCAGCGUAAACGGCAAAGUCCUUUCUUUGUGAAUCAGCAAUAAAGAGCGAGAAAGCCGGA